UAUAUAUCUUGUACUGAAACAGAAGAUGAUGAAUAAUCCGAAUUGAAUCAAAACCCAUAUCAAUUUCUCUCAUGGAAACACAGCAACAACGCCAGAAUUCCUUGAAAUCAAGAUUCAGCCGUGUCUGUGUCUUCUGUGCUAGCAGCCCUGGGAAGAGUCCUAGCUACCAACUUGCAGCUAUUCAACUAGGCCAGCAACUGGUGGAAAGGAACAUUGAUUUGGUUUAUGGAGGAGGAAGCAUUGGUUUGAUGGGUCUGGUCUCCCAAGCUGUCUAUGAUGGUGGACGUCAUGUGUUAGGAGUGAUUCCAAAGACUCUGAUGCCAAUAGAGAUAACUGGAGUGACUGUAGGAGAAGUAAGAGCUGUUUCAGGUAUGCACCAACGCAAAGCUGAAAUGGCUCGUCAAGCUGACGCAUUUGUUGCCUUGCCAGGUGGGUAUGGAACUUUAGAAGAACUAUUGGAGGUUAUCACUUGGGCUCAGCUUGGGAUCCACAACAAGCCGGUGGGAUUGUUGAAUGUUGAUGGGUACUACAAUUCAUUGUUGUCUUUCAUAGACAAGGCUGUGGAUGAAGGUUUCAUAACACCAGCUGCUCGUCGCAUCAUUGUCUCUGCCCAAACUGCACAAGAACUUAUGUGCAAGCUAGAGGAGUAUGUUCCCAAGCACUUUGAUCAUGAUGCAGCACCGAAGCUAAGUUGGGAGGUGGAGCAGACAAUUGGAUCAUAACUCAACAAAGUCAGAGAUUUUGCUCGUUGACCUCUUCUAAUCACCGUAGAUUCUAGGUCACCCACAGUUGUUUUAGAUAGCUGUGUGGAUCAUGCCUUAUUCUUUUUAUAUUACAGGGGAAUAGGAUGGGGAGACACGAACUCUUGACCUAUAUGAGAUACUACACCCAUGAAUGUCAUUUGAACUACUUAUGCCUUAUUGUUCCUGUUAUUUGCUUCUUCUUUUUUUGUGGUGGUCAAAUUAGAGUUUGUCCUGGAUAAACUAGGUCAAUGAUUUGAUUUUCAUAGUUUUUCAAGUCGGUGGAUUGCUAAUUCUGUAUAUUUAUUUAUUUUAUUCUCAAUUGAAUUGAUGGGUGCUUGUAAAUUGCUUUCA